AUGAGGAUGUCUUCACUUCCAGGCCUUGCGGCCGUUUUUCUGGCGGCCGCAGGUAUGGCUGGCGGUGUGGUUGCUGAAGAAGUGGGCAUUGCAGGACAUGGACUCAUUGGCUAUGGUAUCACCAUGUACCAGCCCCUGUGUGCGUACUCGUGUCGUGUGGCACUUUCAGCCAGUCCACUUAAUUGCAGCAAUGUGAUGGAGAUUCAUGGCAUGACCAUGGCCGAUACCUCGCCGGAAUGCUAUGCCAACGACAACGUCUUCCUGACUUCUUUUGCAUGGUGCAUUCAUACGAGAUGUACUGAUCUCUCAAUAUGGGAGAUCGAAAAGUACUGGCAGUCGACCGAAGCUAGCAUCCGCAAUAGCCAUAGGAGGCUUGACGAACCAGGCGUCAAUGUCAAUGCCUACCCCCCAGCGCCGAAGUGGACCUACCAGGAGGCACUCAGCAAUGUGAAUGGAACUCCUACAGCCACUGUAGUGUUUGCAUUGCCUCUAAAGGAAAAGUCUCUGGUGUCAGAUGCCGACUAUCAAGUGCAGUACAACACCAUGGGCAUGUUCGAGAAGAUGGAGGUUGCCCACGAGAGAUAUGGUCUCAUCCUAAUUGCCCUGGGCGCAGCAGUCCCAAUCUUCUUCUCUUUGCUUCGGUUUAUCCCGCUGCCCCAAUUGCUUAUCUCGAAGAUCCACGCUCUCUUCAUAGACCCACCGUUGUUCGGGCGGAGACAUAAGGCUCCUUAUUUCAACCUGUUGAUCAUGCCAACACGUGGUCAGGCAAUAUUGAUCUUCUACAUGGUAGCCGUCAAUGUCGUCCUCAGUGGUGUAGGCUACGACUCGGCCCAGCCCAACGCCUGGUGGGUUAAUAACAAGGACCAGGAGCUCUUGACGUCCUUUAGCAAUCGCAUGGGUGUCCUGAGUUUUGCGAACUUACCGCUCCUCAUCCUCUACGCUGGGAGAAACAACUUCCUGUACUGGGUUACUGACUGGACCCAGUCCACUUUCAUGCUCUUGCAUCGGUGGACCGCGUACUUUUGUACUCUCCAGGCUUGCCUUCAUUCGGCAGCUUGGCUUCAGAUCUACGUCAGCAUGGGCCAGCAUGAUAUCGAAGCCAAGCUGCCCUACUGGGUCUGGGGCAUCAUCGGCACGCUGGCAAUGAGCAUCUUGUUGCCGGCUUCGGUCAUUCCCUUCCGCGCCAAACUCUACGAGCUGUUCCUGGCUGUUCAUAUCGUCCUUGCUGUUUUCGCCGUAGUCGGAUCGUACCUACACAUUGUCUACAGAUUCCAAGACCAGUGGGGUUAUGAGAUCUGGAUGUACAUCUGCUUCGCCGUUUGGGGGUUCGAUCGGGUAGCGAGAGUAAUCCGGAUGGCGAGGAAUGGCUUGAUGUGGGCUGACAUCACCAUCAUCGACGAGGAGUAUAUGCAGCUGGACAUUGACGGCGCGGUCGGAAGCGGGCACGCCUACCUCUACUUCCCAACACUUACAUGGCGACCUUGGGAGAGCCACCCGUUCUCCAUUUUGGCCUCCAGAGUGAAGCCUGCUUCAGCAAAGUCGAUGAAUAACAGUAUUAUGCCACCUCAGAGUUCGGGUAACUCCUACUCAAAGGAGUCGAGUGUUAUGGAGGUGGCUGCUGUCAAGGAGAAGUCCCGCGUCGGGCUUUCGUUCCUGGUCAGAUCCUUCACGGGGGCAACAGGACUGCUUCGCUCACACACUCGAGUGCCAGUUUUUGUCGAAGCAGGGUAUCUUCCACACCAUGACCUCAGCAAGUAUCAGAAACUUGUCUGCAUCAUAGGAGGUGUUGCUAUCACAGCUGUAGCCCCAAUUCUGCAGACGUAUCCCGGCAACGCGAAGCUGUAUUGGUCUUCGCGAACCGAAGGGCUCGUUCAGAGCGUCGAUCUCAACGGCGUCGAUGCAAACGUCUCGGUAGGCAACAGAUUCAGGCUCCGUGCUGUCUUGGAGGAGGAAGUUGGCAAUGCAGACGGCAGCUUGGCGGUCGUCGUCAGUGGACCUGCACCGAUGGUAGACGAAGCUCGCUGCAUUGUGAGCGAACUCGCCCUGCGAGCACCUAUUCCAAUAACCUUCAUCGACGAGACGUACAUAUGGUAA